AUGAACAUUGUCACAUCUGCCGGGCUCAGAUAUAGCGCACCAAUUGAGUUCAAGCCAAUGGUUUUCGAAUUGGCAGGAACACCCACUAGCGCUGAAGCCGAGCGCAGUGCAUCAUAUGGACCUAUGACGCGAACUAACCCCAAUAAUCAAAUUCCUGUGUCUCUCGCAUCUGUCGGUGUAUCGCACAUCGUCCCUGCCAUUGCCAAACGACGAAAGUUUUCAGACCUAACUUUAGGGGAUACAGCCGAGUUGCUUUAUAAAUUCGAGGAAUUUCGUUCCAACCUUGAUGAAGGAGACGAAAAUUUGCCUGCUGGUCUGAUCGAUAAACCCCAGGAACUGCGUGACAACUUGGAAGAUAUUAAGAAUUUCCUCUCCGUAGAACAAUCUUCAACUGAGACUCUGGCAAAUGAAUACCCCCUGGGCGAUCCGACCACAGCACUGACGAAUCCUGCAUACAUUGAGGGACCAAUGACGUCCAACAUCUUCGAAGCCAAGCUCGAUAACGUUCGGGCCGCUCUGCCUCAGGUUGUGAUUGCUGUGGCUUCGUAUUGCCAAUUGCAGGGGGGUGUUGUCACCAGCGGAGAACAACAACCUCCUCCAUUCCGUUUCACAGACGAUUUUCCUCCCUGUUUCGCAGACAAUCUCUUCCGUUCCGUUUCGCAGACGACAUGUACAACUUUUCUGGGGCUUUUCCUUCUCCAUUUCGCAGACUACAUGCAUAUGGAGAGCUGCAUUAGCACUAUAGAAGAGCAGUUUCGCGCUAUGGUGUUCUCGAACUGA